UGAUUCCUGAUUCUUCUUAUUCUCCUCUCCUCUACAACUCUACUCCUCUUUCUCUGGAUUACGCCAUUUUGGAGUGCAAUCGCCGUCUUUGUUUCAAAUCUUACAGAAAAUGGCAGACAAUGAUGAUCUUUUGGACUACGAAGAUGAGGAGCAGCCAGAACAGGCCGUAGUAGACGGAUCUGGGGAUCCUCCCAAGAAAGAGGUCAAAGGAACCUACGUCUCAAUUCACAGUUCAGGGUUUCGAGAUUUCCUCUUGAAACCAGAAAUCUUAAGAGCUAUUGUUGACUGUGGUUUUGAACAUCCGUCCGAGGUUCAACACGAAUGUAUACCUCAAGCAGUGCUUGGAAUGGACAUCUUAUGUCAGGCUAAGUCUGGAAUGGGUAAAACGGCUGUUUUUGUGUUGGCAACACUUCAACAGCUCGAGAACACUUCUGACAACCAUGUCUACGUCUUGGUAAUGUGUCACACCCGAGAACUGGCAUUCCAGAUCAGCAAAGAGUACGAGCGCUUCUCAAAAUACAUGCCUCAGAUUAAGGUGGGAGUCUUUUUCGGUGGUCUGCCAAUUCAAAAGGACGAGGAAGUUUUGAAAAACAAUUGUCCGCAUAUAGUGGUGGGAACUCCAGGACGUAUCCUUGCUUUGGUGCGCAACAAGAAGUUAAACCUGAAACAUUUGAAGCACUUUGUUCUUGAUGAGUGUGACAAAAUGUUGGAACUAUUAGACAUGAGAAGAGACGUCCAGGAGAUAUUCAGAGAAACUCCACACAGCAAGCAAGUGAUGAUGUUCAGCGCAACACUCGGCAAGGAGAUCAGGCCUGUCUGCAAAAAAUUUAUGCAAGAUCCUAUGGAAGUCUACGUUGACGACGAAGCCAAGCUGACACUUCAUGGACUCCAGCAGCAUUAUGUCAAACUGAAGGAGAAUGAGAAGAACAAAAAACUGUUUGAACUUUUAGACAUACUUGAGUUCAAUCAGGUGGUCAUCUUUGUCAAGUCAGUGCAGCGCUGCAUGGCGUUGGCAACUCUUCUCUCUGAGCAGAACUUCCCUGCCGUCGCCAUCCAUCGAGGAAUGCUCCAGGAGGAAAGACUGAAGAAAUAUCAGGAGUUCAAGGAUUUCCAAAAGCGUAUUCUGGUGGCCACGAAUCUGUUUGGUAGAGGUAUGGACAUAGAGAGAGUCAACAUUGUGUUCAACUAUGACAUGCCUGAGGAUACAGACACAUACUUGCACAGAGUGGCGCGAGCUGGUCGAUUUGGUACCAAGGGACUUGCCAUAACAUUUGCGAGCGAUGAAAACGAUGCCAACAUCUUGAACAACGUGCAAGACAGAUUCGAUGUAAACAUCACUGAACUCCCCGAAGAAAUUGACCUCUCAUCCUACAUUGAAGGACGUUAAACAGCAAGACAGUUGACAUCAGUUAUGGUGAAGAUAUGCAACCAGAAGUUCAAUUCGACCAUUACCAAUUAAUUUGUAUUAAUGUUAGUUUAUCAAUAUAAUGCAAUAUGGCAUUCUUAAAGUGUGACAUUUCCCUAUUUUACAAUUAAAUGGUGUUAUAAAAGUGAUCGGGAAGUGAUUUUCUUUUGUUCCAUGAACAAGGUUAUUCUGUACGAAUGUAACCAAUAAAUGUUUUCUAUCUUCUA